AUGGCUGCGGGUAAUCUAGUGCGUCCAGAGCAGGCUCCAUCUCAGCUUCCCGGUGCCCACAAGACCUUGAGGUUUAAGACCAAGCUCGGCAAGAAACAGAAGCAAAACAGAACCCUGCCAUAUUGGGCUCGCUUACGAACUGGCAAUCGCAUUCGAUACAAUGCCAAAAGGCGUCACUGGAGAAGGACUAAGUUGAAGUUGUAA